AUUGCUCUAAAUAUGGAGUUUCAGAAUGCGUGUAAAUGUCGGUUUUAUUGUUGAAUAAAGUAUGACAGAAAUUAUAACGAAUUUUGCGGCCAAUAUAAAUAUGCACACGUAUAAAACGUGCAUUCUAUCAGUCUUUAAAUGUGCUAAAUUUGUGCAGCAGUUUUUAGUGCGAAAAAAUGAUGUGAAAUGAUCUAUUCGUUUAACGGAUUAUGGAAUAAUUGUGUUCACUUUCACAUACAAAUUUGUAUGAAUUUGAAGUUCAUCUAUCAAUGAAUGUCUGCUUAUUAUUUAAAGAAAAGAUUAGAAUUCUUACUACAGAUCUGAAAUCAUCCAAAGUAUAAAAAAAAUCAAUAAUUAACAUAAAUGAACUAUUUAACAUGUAAUAAAACAAUGUUAUACUCUACGUUCGAAUAGUGCCAUAUAAGUAUCGAACGGUGUGAAAUAACUAAGUCACAGCUUGUGAGGCUUUUAUUUUACAGUAAAAUUUUAAUCUAAAAAUUAAUCAAGUGCAUUAAAAUAUUUUUUAAAUUCAUUUAUGAGUUUAUUAAAAUAAAUUUUAAAAAUGCCGAACUCUCGAGGAAAUGAAGCAUCAAGAAUACUACCUGGCCAUUACCUGCAUGAACUACCUGAACAGGACGAAGAAAGACUUUCGAAAAUUUUCCAACACUUAGAUCAAGAUGGAAAUGGAAGAAUAGAUGUUCAUGACUUAUCCAAAGCUCUUAUGAAAGUUGGUGUCCAUCAACGUUAUGCUGAGCAAUUUUUAGCUCAAUCAGACAGCACAAAAAGUGGCGAUAUUGGUUUAGCUGAAUUCAUUCAUUAUGUUAUCGAACAUGAAAAAAAACUUCGUCUUCAAUUUUCUCAUCUUGACAAAAAUAAAGACGGUAAAAUAGAUCUGGAAGAACUAAUUAGUUCAUUUAAUAAAGAUCUUGGAAUUAAAAUGGAUCGAGCGGAAGCAAAGAAAUUACUGAAAAGAAUGGAUCAGGAUGGUAGUCUAAGUAUUAAUUUCAACGAAUGGCGAGAUUUUCUCCUCUAUGCACCUUCUGAUAUUCGGGAAAUCAUUAAAUAUUGGCGUCACUCAACGUACAUGGAUAUUGGAGAAGAUAUUGGAGUUCCUGAUGACUUUACAAGCAGUGAGAUGAUUACUGGAAUGUGGUGGAGACAUUUACUUGCUGGCGGAAUAGCUGGAGCUGUUUCGCGCACCUGUACAGCACCUCUAGAUCGAAUAAAAGUUUAUUUACAAGUCCAUGGUACAAGGCAUUGUAAUAUGACAAACUGUCUAAGAUAUAUGUUGAAAGAAGGUGGAAUCUUUAGUUUAUGGCGAGGAAAUGGAAUAAAUGUACUUAAAAUUGGCCCCGAAACUGCUCUCAAAUUUAUGGCUUAUGAACAAGUGAAGAGAUCAAUUAAGGGAAACGAUUCAAGGGAAUUAAGAAUCGAUGAAAGAUUCAUGGCGGGAUCAAUAGCUGGUGGAAUAAGUCAAUCUGCAAUUUAUCCACUUGAAGUAUUAAAAACACGAUUAGCACUUCGAAAAACUGGUGAAUUCUCAGGAAUUUUAGAUGCAGCUAAAAAAAUUUAUGCUCAAGGUGGUCUAAGAAGUUUUUAUCGGGGUUACAUUCCUAAUUUGAUUGGAAUACUUCCAUAUGCUGGAAUUGACUUGGCUGUAUAUGAGACUUUAAAAAAUAGAUAUUUAAAAACACAUACUGAUAAUGAACAGCCAGCAUUCUGGGUUUUACUUCUCUGUGGUACUGCUUCAAGUACUGCUGGACAAGUUUGUUCAUACCCUCUAGCACUAGUCAGAACUAAAUUACAAGCAGAAUUAUCUCCAGGAAAUAGCCCAAAUACAAUGAUUGGAGUUUUUCAGGAUAUUAUUCAAAGAGAAGGAAUAAGAGGUUUAUACAGAGGGUUGACACCUAAUUUUCUUAAGGUGGCACCAGCUGUAUCAAUAAGUUAUGUAGUUUAUGAACGUUUCAGACAAGCAUUAGGUGUAAACAUGACGUGAUAAAUGUAUUUAUUAGGAUUUAUUAAUAAUUAAUUCUAUUAAAUUAUUAUAUAACUUACCGACACAAUGAAAGUUAUUGAUAUUAUUAGUGAAAAAAACAAAAAGCCAACAUAAAAAGGAUUUAAAAAAGAUAAAAUCCAUGAAUAAGCCGAGUCGAAUUGCUCUACAUCUUCUCUUCACUUUUCUUUUUUGUUAUAUUUAUAGUUAUCAAACACUUGUAUAUAUUUAAUUAUUUAUCUUUCCAAUUACUUAAGUUUUCUAAAUAUGAUUAUAACAGUAGCUAGCCAAUUUUAAAUUAUUUAAAAUAAUAAAUUAAGAGACAAAACCGUCUAUCACUAAAUAAAACUUGCUAAGUUUAAUAUUUAAAGAUUUUUGGAGUUAUUUAAAAGUCAAACAAUUGCUUGGCUUUUUCUAGUUAAUGAUAAAUAUUUAAAUAAUAAUAUUCUGAAAAAUAUGCUAGACAAAUUAUUGUUUGUCAUAAAUUUGAUAAGAAUAGUAUUCCAUUUCUCUCUUUACCAAACAAUGGUUUUAACUAAAUCGCUGAAAUUACAAAAAUCUAUCCUAUCAUAGGCCUCUCCAAAAAAUCCGUUGAUUGACUCUAUAGUCUAACGGAUUUUAAUACUAACACUGUGAUAGUAAUGAUUGUGAGAUGGUAUUGUAUAUAAUUAUUUUAUAAACAAAGUUGAAUGAGUAAUUAAUACAAUGUUUCAGUAACAGUUAAUUAAUGGCCAUUUAUUGUGGAUUACUGGAAACAGUAUUAGCUGUUUUUAAAGUCCAAAUAAAUCGUUUGAGUGCAAUGAAAAAAAUUUAAUACAAAUAAAAUAUUUCAAAAAAAA